AUGUCCGUCAGCGGAUGCGAAAGCGCGAAACUUUCACUUGGAGCCUGCCGGUGCAUCAUGAAGAACCACAUUUCGUCGCUGGCGUUACUACUGUCACUCAAAAUCUCUUCUGCUCUGCGACCGCGUGGUAUCGGCCUGAUUCGGUUACCGUUUGGCGUAUCUGAUCAUCGAUCGGGUCCCUAUCUUCCCAACCUGUACAUCGCUGGAAACAAGCUCUACCACCGAACGCAGUCUGUGCCUGAUGUCUCCCUUCCCGGACAAGAAAAGGACUUUUCCGGACAUGCUCAAUUUAAUCCGUUCACUCAUAUGACAGGCGUUGCAUCCAGUUUGGAUUAUGGUGAUUCCUGGGGUGCUGGUUACGCCGUACAGGGUGUAAAUUUUCUGGGACUGGAUCUACGAAAUCAUUAUCGGCAGUAUGCUCAAAUGCCACACUUAUACACGGAUGGUAUGCAUCAGCCAUUCCAGAACUCAUUCAUAGUUGGUGCUGAAUUUGAUGAUUCCAAAUACAUAAGUCAUGCGGUGGCCGUGGAUAUACCUAUUCCAGGACUGAAUGAGAUUUUUGAUUAUCAACAAGAAACUCUCAUGAAAAGGGAUGAAGAACUUGUUGACAUUAGCCAUACCAGAAUAUCCCUUCCAAUUCCAAGCACGGACCAACGACUUCCAUUCAAGGCGCAUAUGUUCGAACGCUUCAACGACAUAGAUCUCAACUUCGCGCAGAUUUUACCCAGCCUCAACAAUCACAACAUCAGAACAGAUGAUAUUGUCGAUGAACUCAUUACAAACCGUGCAAAUCCGGCUGUCGUCGGUUAGAGUGCAAUUUUUGCUCACUGCAUAAUAAAUACUAAGACUCAUAUUCUUCGAUCAGUAAGUCACACUCAUUCGUCUACAGUUUCUCUUUCGGGCCAGAACACCAAAUUCAAUGGAUUCUGAUCUUGAGGUUUGCUUGAAAUGUAUUAGGUUGUCGAAAGUUUUGUUUUUUUUUUCAUCGCAACGACUUAGGUACCAUUUGAUUCAGAUUUUUACCCUCUUUCUCACAGCUAUAUUCGCUCUUUGAUCUACCCUGUCCUUGCAAUGUUAAUGGCUUUUUGAGCAGCUCGAGUAACGCCAAAUAUUUCCUGAAUUUUAGAAAAUUUUCUCCUGCUAUUUUUAUAGAGCGCUAAUAACCGUCAUGUAAAGCAAGUCUUUGGC